CAUCAAAUCACGUGACACGCUUACUCGCUUUCGUGUGCCUCUUACUUUGGCAUUCUGCUACGGCAAACGUUGGUUGCUGUUUCGGUGCGCAAAAUUUGGCAAUAAAAAUGGCAUUAUUUCGCAUAACGGCUUCGCGAAUCACCGAAACACAUCAGAAAGUGUUACCAGCCCUGACAGUUGUUUUGCGCAACCUCUCAGAUUCGACUGACUUAAAGGCUAUACUCAAUAAGAAGGUUCCUGUGAAGAAUUUUCGAAAAACUUAUGGCGCAACCAAGGUUGGAGAAGUCACGGUUGACAUGAUGUAUGGAGGUAUGCGUGGCAUCAAGGGAUUGGUGUGUGAAACAUCUGUUCUUGAUGCUGAUGAGGGAAUCCGUUUCCGUGGUUACUCAAUUCCCGAAUGCCAGAAACUGCUUCCUAAGGCUAAGGGUGGGUCUGAACCUUUGCCAGAGGGUCUGUUUUGGCUGCUCAUUACUGGAGAUGUUCCAAAUGAAGCUCAGGUGCAAGCAGUUUCAAAGGAGUGGGCAAAACGUGCAGCGUUGCCAUCACACGUGGUGACACUCCUGAACAACUUCCCUACCACCUUGCAUCCCAUGUCGCAGUUCAGCAGUGCCAUUACAGCGCUCAAUUCAGAGAGCAAGUUCGCCCAGGCAUACUCCUCUGGUGUACACAAAUCGAAAUAUUGGGAGUAUGUUUACGAAGAUGCGAUGGAUCUAAUUGCAAAACUCCCUGUCGUAGCAGCGACUAUCUACCGCAACACGUACCGUGAUGGUAAGGGUGUUGGGGCCAUUGAUACUAGCAAGGAUUGGAGUCAAAACUUCUGUCAGAUGUUGGGUUAUGAUAACCAAGAAUUUACAGAACUCAUGAGAUUGUACCUCACAAUUCACAGUGAUCAUGAGGGAGGCAAUGUGAGUGCCCAUACUGUUCACCUUGUCGGCUCAGCGUUGUCAGAUCCGUACCUCUCAUUUGCAGCCGGUAUGAAUGGCCUUGCAGGUCCUCUUCAUGGUUUAGCAAAUCAGGAGGUGUUAAUAUUCCUCCAGAAAUUGCAGAAAGAUUUAGGUGAUAAUGUGUCAGAUGAUGCACUAAAGGAAUUCAUCUGGAAGACAUUAAAGAGUGGACAGGUGGUUCCAGGCUAUGGUCAUGCUGUUCUUCGUAAGACGGAUCCUCGCUACACCUGUCAGAGGGAGUUCGCACAGAAACAUUUGCCCAAUGACCCACUUUUCAGGCUGGUGUCUCAGGUGUACAAAGUGGUUCCUCCCAUUCUUAUGGAGACUGGGAAAGUCAAGAAUCCAUGGCCGAAUGUGGACGCUCACUCUGGUGUAUUACUUCAGUAUUACGGUUUGAAGGAGAUGAACUACUACACAGUUUUGUUUGGUGUAUCUCGUGCUUUGGGAGUGCUGGCAUCUCUGGUAUGGGACAGGGCUCUUGGUCUCCCCAUCGAACGGCCCAAGUCACUGUCAACCGAAGGACUUAUGAAACAGCUCAAGGCUUAGAGACUUGCCCAGUGUAAGUGCGUAGAAGACCAGGAGAGAUGCAGAGUUAUUAGUGUGCAUUCGUGCAUGGCUGAGAACAUAGGCCUCUUCAUUUGUACCCUGAAAGUAUUUUACAAUAUGCAAUAAUAAUUUAUGUGUGUAGUGCUUCAGAAAACUGAAAUAAUUUGACUUUGUAAAGUAGGAAGCUAUUUCACUGAGGUGCAAUAUUCCAUAGCCUGGAUAAGGAAGGCUCACUGAAAUAAGCAGCUGUUUACAUUUAAUUGCAGACACAGCAUACACAUAAUAAAAUGCCGUUGUGUAGUAUGCAGAUGAGGAGGGCCAUUGCAUCAGCUCGUGGGUCAAAUUACAGCAAAUUCAUAUUCCCAUCACCAACCACUGAACAUUAAAGAAUUUCUAGUGGUUUGUGUGUGGUGAAAAUCCAUGUGUAUGUGUGUCGUGAAUGAAUGGUAGUGUGGAGUUAACAAAGUAAUUUUAUUUUGUAGGAUUCACUUCUUGUUUUGAUUUGUUUUCUAAGACUGAGAACCCUUUUUGACAACAAUUUUCAUAGGUAUUAUAACAACUACUGUUGUUAUGCGCUACUUAUCUGCAUUUUUUUUCUUCCAAGUUCUUGUAGAUUUGUCAGACGCAUUUUGACAUUAUUGUGUAGUUAUUUAUAUUUCACUGGUACCAUUUAAUUUCUGUGCAAGGUACUGUAGAACUUGGACAAAGAAAAUGUUGAGAGUAGCCCUAGUUAUGAAGCGCUCGUUUACAAGAAAGGUUCUGUAGUUGGGAGUAGCCAUUAGCAGAGAAUUGUAUUAGAUCAUAAUUUGAUUCUUCUCAAGUUAUGGCAAAGCUUACUAGCACUGCACAUAUUUCAUGUGCAGUGCUAGUAAUGUAGACUGUGACUUAAGUCAGUUUUGAGAAUGCUUCCACAUCCAUUCUUAAAUACUCAGUUAUAAACAUAAAGUACUGGAAUCAACCUGUUUUGUAUAUACCAAAUGGAUAUAAUAUGUAUAUGUGUGUUAUGUCAAGAAGGUAAUGAUAUUCCUAACAAAUGAAUAUUUAUUUGAAAGCAAUCUGGAAUAUUCGUAUAAUGUAAUUUUAUUCUAUACUAAUUAUUUAUUGAGUAUAUAUUUUAAUCUACUUAAUCUUAUUUAUAUCAAACUUGUAAAAUAGUGUCAUUGAUUUUUAUCUGUCGUCUUGAUCACUUUUAGGGAUUUCUCUUCUUACAUGCUGAGAAUUGUAAAGUACAUGGUAUGUAUAUAUAAAAUAAGUCCGAUAAAUUAAAAUAAGAUAGAAAACAUUCCACAUAUAAUGGACGCUACUAUGUAUUGCUCUUAGGUACAGCGUAGUAACCUCUAAAGAAAAAGUUCUUUUUAUAACAUUCAUAAUCAUGAAAUCGAGGGAGGAUGAGAAAAAUGACAAGUAGCGCUGUAAUAGACAUUUCCACCCACUUUUUCAGUGCUUUGGGUAUUCAGGUUUUAACUUCAUUAAUCAUGUCAUAUCUCAUUUUGUUUUCCCAUGGCUCAUCUUUCUCUAUAUUAUUACUUUUCCAUUUGUCUUAAAUAUACCCAGCGAUUUCAUGCCCAUAAAUAUGUCAAAUAUGCAUUGUAUUGUGAAUAUUCAUAAGACAUAAUUUUCCAAGAGGUUUAAUGGGAUGAACAUAACAAUGGUGGUUUCACUCAUGUGGCAUUGUUCAACCCUUUUAUUGGUGGGUUUUAUUCACAGAAACCUUUUUCUGUUACAUAGUCCAUGGUAAUGUUGAAAAACCAAAAACAGUUAACUCCAAAUGUUGACAAAUGGCAGACCAUGUGUAAUUCACUGAUCUCUUUAACACUAGACCAAUAGGACCUAGGACCAAUAUUCCCAAACGAUAAAUCUGUAUAUGGAAACAGUUACUUUUCAAAACUGACUUAAUAGUGAAGAAUCAUGUUUUGUUAUAAUUUGCAGUUGAUUUUGUACUUAGUAUUGAAUGUGGUGGUGGCAGUAAUGAUAAAAUGUGUUUAAUGACAAUACAACUAGGAGAUUUAAUAUUUAAUUGCAUUGUAGUACAAAUAUAAAAUGGCUGAUUAGGAAAAUGUACACAUGCACAUUUGAUUCAUUCUGUUUAGUACAUUAUGAUCUUAGGUAAUGAAUAGGUGUGAACAAAAUGCUACUGAGAAAAGCAACAGUUUCUUGGUUAGAUAUCCUCACUAUUCACACACUCUUGGUAGUGUGGUGUUACUGAGACUAUAAACUGUCACAAAUUUCAACAUACGUGCAUAGACACACAAAACAAUAGGUAUUGUUUUUGCACACACAGCUGACAGUGCAGUUAGCAGAUGUUUUGGGACUAUUUAAGAUAUUCAUUGUUGCUGUCAGAUGUAAGAUUAGCAGCCUGAACUUUUAACCUAACCUUACAAAAUUAACUUUAAAUAAAAAUCAUUAUCAGUUGUCAGGUACAUGUUACUGACAGUAGUGUACUAGGAGAAAGGCUUCGAAGUAACACAAUACAGUAUUGUAACAAGUGUAUUUGGAAAAGGUUGAUACUACCAUACCAUAUAAUAACCUUAAUUUGAAUAUCCAUUGAGUCUUUCUGGGAUAUUUUGUUUUAUUUCAGUCCUGUUAUAAGAUUGUAAGAUUUUUUUUUCCCCUUUUUCUUUCCAGUGUAGUUUAUAUUAACAAAAAGAGUAUCAAGAUUAUAUACACUGUAUGUUUAAAAUUUGGCAGUGUAUUACAAUGACAUAUUCCUUACAUUGGUUUUAUUUCAUCUAUACAAGUUCAUUGAUGAAGAACUUAAUUCAUGUUGUAUGAAUGGCAUAAAGAUCAACCAAGUAGGAUGUAUCAGCUGAAAUUAUUGUUUGCUGUGUGAAGGCCGGUUUGUUAGAACAAGCUACAUCAUGACAAUAAUUUUGUUUUGGGCAAAUACUGUGUUCCAUCUACAGUGAGUAAAUUGCCAUAUUGUUCUGUCACUUUGUUUUUAACUGUGUAAGUUAUCAGAAAGGAAAAUUAGGAGACUUUAAAAGAAGCUGUUUUGAUUAAGACAGUGAUCAUCUUUCUGAGUGAUGACAGUUUUGAAUGUGAAAGUUAAAUAAGCAAAUAGUGUGCAUUUUCAUAAUUGUGUACUUUGUUCUUAGAUCUGAAAUACGUAAUUUAGACUUGUGUACAUAGAGGUUUUUGUUGGUUGGUGCAUAUGGAACCAACACCUAGUAAAACUGUAAUGAUGGAAGCAGCAGACUCAACUGAAGUGUACUUUGUCAUAUGUUUGAUCUAAUACAAUGCAAUGCUUCUGAGUUUUCAAUGGAAAA